UCUCUACGAAUGUUGGCGACCAUCAUGGCUAUUCUAAUUUUUGAAGCUGAAAGCACGAAAGAGGUUGAAGAAUCCGGUGACUUCAUAGAGCCUUGCGCUGACCCCAAAUAUUGUGUUAAAAACUCCCUACAAGCAUCAUUGCCUGCGUUCGUGAGAGGAGUACCAGAGUUGGGCAUCGAUUCAUUAGAUCCGUUUUUCAUUAAGAACUUAACACUCCUUCUGCCAGGAGACCUUAGAGUUCAAUAUACUCAAGGCAUUUCUAAAGGAGCCAAGAAAUGUGUUGUUGACAUCGCAAGAAUUACUGGGGACAUACUGGACUUCCAGAUACGUUGUAAUUUGACCAUCAAAGGGAAGUACAGAUCUACUGGUCAACUUUUCAUGUUUGCGAUCGACGGUGAAGGCAACUCAAUGAUUCGAUGCAGAAAUAUUAAGAUUCAAUGUGUUAUCAAGCUAGGAACCACGGUGGGACAAGAUGGUAAAAAAUAUUUGGAAAUAAGAAAUUUUAAAUAUCACCAUAGCUACGAUGGCCAAGUCUUUUACCAUAUGGACAACCUCAUCAAGGGAAAUCCACAGCUUGGUGCUAUAAUUAUGGAGUUUAUGAACAACAACUGGAGAUUAGUAGCAGAAGAGUUCGGCACACCGAUAGUUGACUUAGGCGUUACCUCUGCUCUAAAGAAUAUCAAGAAAUUCUUAAAAGCUGUUCCAAUGAAUCAAAUCGCCUCCACCAGUGUUUUUAAUAUUUAA